AUGGAUCCCAAUGCAAAUGAUCAUGGCGGUAUGGAUACUGAUUCUGAUCUGAAGAUCCUGUCCAUGGACUCAGCAACGCUCAAGUCUGUAGUCAAGAGUGAGCUCCUCGCCUCUGGUCUCACCUGUCACGUGAUGGCGGAGCAAGUUUUGGGAUUUUUGGCCAAAGAGUGUGUCCUCAAGUGUCUGGAGGUAGAGGAUUUGUGCCAGCGUUUUGAUCUCAAGAGUUACUACUGUAGUAUACAUGGUACUAAGCUGGAAUCUCAGGUGGAACGUCGCAGAGGCCUGGAAAACAUGGCUGGAACUGAUGACGACCAGGGCGAAAAUGCAGAUCAAAUUGGCAAUAAUGACAACGUUGCAGCUGAGGUGAACAUUGAGUGUGAAGAUUGUGUGGAAGCAGAAUUUGAUCGAGAACGAUGCAAUUAUUGCGAGCAAUUCGAAAACAUGGAUGAGCUGCAUCAAUGCAACAAGUGCAGUUACCAGGAAUGCGGGCCAUGUUUUGAAGGCAAUUCAAUGGAUUAUUGCAACUCCUGUGAGGAGAUGUACUGUGGAAGAGAGGGUUGUGAAACAUUCGAGAAUUGUGACUGUGGGGAAGGUUUCUGUUCCGUGUGCCAAGAGGAAAAUUUUCGCGCGUGUCUGCGGUGUGGCACCAAUGGGUGCAUUGAUUGUUUUUAUGAUUUUGGGUUCCGUUGCAACCAAUGUGACAAGACAUUCUGUCACGAUUGCCAAGACAAUGGCUAUUGUGAGAGGUGUGAACAUACGUUUUGCUCUGCCUGCAAAGAAAUUUGGUAUUGUGGCUGUGAUCAUGGUAGUUGCUAUGACUGUGAUGAACCAGUCAAGUGUGAAAUUAUUGCAAGGAGUGUGACAAUGGCUGGUUUUGCUCUCCCUGUCGAGAAUAUCAUUGUUCUGCCCAUGGGAAAUACUUUGACUGCCAAGAAUGUGGAAAAGGCUCUCAUGGGGAGAAGUUCCAGUGCGCUGAAUGUGAGACGGUGAGCUGUCAUCGCUGCAGCAAGGUCUAUGCUUGCCCAGAGUGCUCCAAGGAAAUCUGUGCUGAUUGCCAAGAUGUUUUUGAGAUCUGCUGCUGCAAGGGAAAGGGAAAGUUUGCUUUUAAGAAGCGCAACUAGCUGGCUUUGCUGACAGACAGAAAGAAAGAGAGAAAGCCAGGAGGGGAUAUGAACUGAAACUGCACAAUGCAAAAAAAAAAAAGACAAAAACAACAAUCUUCAUCAAUUUAUUCAGAACACAACACAACACACAAGGCUGAAAAAUGGGUCCAUCAGUCGAGACUGCAGUGCCGGGUUUUCGGGUGGGUUAUCGUUCUUGCAUGUGCACAUCAAGUGUGAAGAAAGAACAACUAAACUAGGGGAUCUUUGGUUGAAUAGGUGUACUAGUAGUUUGUUGUGAUAUGUCUGCACUUGCUGGAUCAAUUAUAGCUGUCCCUCGGCGCCGUAACUAGCGAGGGCUUGGAUUUGAUACUGUAUCAGUCAUUUUUAAAAGCUCCCAACGGUACCGGUACAGUGUACAAGUUGCAUGUCCUCUCAUCAGAGUCAGUAGCCAGGCGGAAGUGGUGUCAUUGUGAGUGGGAACAAUGAUUCAACAACAAGAGCAAGUACGAUGUACUUGUACCGGUGAGCUAGGUAGCUCUACAAGGAGCAAGCCAGAGUUGCGCGACAAUCGGACCGAAGCUGGAAAGCCCAGAGCUGCGAUCCUGUGAUGUGCAAGGCUACGUGUUAGUUAAUGCUUUGUGGUUAUGAGAGCAUUAAACAAAGCAACCACGAAACAAACAACAACAACAAGACAGAGAAAGGAGCGAGAUCAUUC